CAGCUAAAAUGGUGUGGCAGUCUUCAGAUAGUAGUUCGAAAGCUCCGAGUCAAAAAUGGAUUUUCUUAAAGUUUUCGCUGUUGCCCUAGUGGCAUUCGUCCAAUUGUUUCCAAGUGCCAUUGGAGCCUCAUCAUGGGGUUAUUUCGGCUCUGACGGCCCCAGUCACUGGGCCGACGUCAGCGCAACAUGCGGAAUGUCAAGUCAGUCUCCCAUAAACAUUAUCCCCACUGACACCCUGAUGUCGUCCAUGGACGCCUUCACUCUGACCAAAUUUGACACCACUACAGGACUGUCUCUCAACAUUGUCAACAAUGGCCACACAGGAAUAUUGCUGGGGCAGCGGUCAAAGUGUCCGGGGGGUGGUCUGACCGGCGACUAUAACACUGCCCAACUCCACUUUCACUGGGGUAAAACCGAUGCCGAGGGAUCUGAACACACCGUGGAUGGGACACGAUUUCCAAUGGAGAUGCACAUCGUCAACUACAAGUCCAGCUACGCCAGUGUCUCCGACGCAGCAGGACACAGCGACGGUCUUGCCGUUCUCGGAUUCUUCUUCGAGAUCGGUGACACCAGCCACCCUGGCAUCCAGAAGAUCGUCGAUGCCCUAUCAAGCAUCACUGUCUCAGGUUCCAAUACCACUGUGACUGCAUUCAAUCUCAAUGAACUUCUUCCAUCGUCCUUUUCCGAGUUCUACCGCUACUCUGGGAGCCUGACCACCCCAACCUGUAACGAGGUCGUCACAUGGUCCGUCUUCCCCCAGACAAUCAAAAUCACAUCCACACAGAUGGAUGUUUUCCGAACUCUACAAUCUGAGGAACAGAACGACGAUGGAAACCACAACAUGUUCAACAACUACCGACCCGUGCAAGCAAUGGGAAGCCGAAAGCUGUAUGCUAACUUCAACCCUAACGCUGGUGCCCGUCCCUCAGUCCAUUUGUCACUCUCCCUUCUCGCUCUCCUCUCAUGCAUUCUGUCGCGCAUGUUCUAAAAGCAUGUCAUGUACCAUUUCUCAGGGAUUUCUAUAUUUAUAGAAACCCAAAACGUGAGAGUUACCUCCCUUCCCAUUGCCAGUCUCCAAGGGAGAUCACUCUCUCCGUUUGUUCUUAGUGAAUACCUGUAAUAACGAAAUGACAGUUCUGGAAAAAAGAUGCACAUGAAAUGUGCUACUUGACCAAAAUGUUUGUCAGUGGUCCUAUUUGAGACAUCAAAAUAUCACAACCGUAAGAAAUAGUAGACAUUCAUUAUAUAUUCAUACAGUGCCUAGAACGAUGGUGUAUUCGAUGGACCGGUGCAUAUUUGAGUCAGAAGCUAAUAUAUAAUAUAUGGACAGAUUUUUAUGGUAAAAUUUCAUCCAGUAAAAUAGAAGGGUUUUAGGGACCACAAGAAUAUUGAAUGCCCAGAGAUCGUUUUCAUACAGAAGAAAUCAAUAGGCUGCCUGUCAUAACGAACUGAUCAGUAAAUGGUUAAAAUGUUCCACUAAAUAUGAUGGUUCAUGGUCAGCUAUGUGUAUGAUGCAUUUAUAUCAAAUAUAUCCCAAUCACCAGAUAUUCUACGACAAGCUUAGAAUUACGUAGCAUUAAAGGUUUCUGUGUAAUGCAUUGGAUUUUUUUUUAAAAUCAUUAUUUUCCACGUUGCCUUGUAAUGCCUUACGCCCGUGCCUUCGGUCAGAAUUUUGUCACAUGACAUGAAUUGUACUUUUUUUCUCAGCAAUUUUGUUCUCUGUGUGAACUUUGAUAUGUCGUUUGAUUAUUGUUCAUCUAUCACACUUUGAAAUAUGUACUUCGUUUUCUUUGCAUUCUAAAAAUGUAACACACUUUUUGGGUUUAUUUGUAGUGUGGAUGAAACGUUAACCAUGCGCUGUAAAACAGUAAUUGCAUUCAAAAUUUGAUUAAAUUGUAUUAAAUUCAAAACACGAACUGUACGUGUAUGCCUGACCCUUUGAUGAAGCAAACAUAUUCGGCCGUUCCAUGACAUCCGUUAGGUCCAUUUUGGCAAUUCGGAAUAGGUUGAAAUAUUAUCAGUGGUAUAUUUACUUUUGCUUAGAAACAGUUGUGUACACCGUGGAGUUAUGGACGGUUUUACAGUGCAAUAAUAUAUUUUUAAGACUUAAUCAGGUUUUAAUCUAAGUUUGUAUUAUCUUGCUCAAGUCUUUUGGUGGUGUUAUUUUGCUUUGUUUUGAUGUUUUGUCAUGUUAUUUUGUGAAUUGAUACGACGGUGUAUAUAAUACAUAGACGUUUACCUGACUAAAAGACAAUCAGUCAAUGAUGGCAUAGAAUACAUCUAAAGUGUUCUGCCAUGUUAGGACGCGUGUCAAUUUAAAAAAGCUAUUAGUAAUGUUUUAUACAAUCGGAAAUUUAGCCGAAGUUUGGUAUUACGAAAGUACUUUCGAUUACAAGUGACACAAAAGGACCCGGGUGUUAGUUCUAGAUCCGGUGGUCGUGAGUUCGGUUGACCAGUUGUUAAACCGUACCCAUGGUUUCACGGAAGUUGUGAACGUCUGUGAACUACGUCAGAUCUGUGAACUACGUCACUUCUGUGAACUUCUGUGAACUACGUCACAUCUGUUUAAGCUGACACGUUAGCAGUAACUGAAAUAGUGUUUUAAGCAGCGUUAAAGCCAGCUGACUCAUUCAGCAGUGACAUACCCACGUGUUAGUCUGCAAGACACUGUCUGACACUGUCUAACACUGUACCGCAGUUAUAAUUGUAGUUAUCAUUGCAGUAGCUACAUGAUCAGAUCGGCUCCAGUGUUUUGUCUUGUGUCAAAUCCAUUACUUAAACGGAAUAUUCGAAGUAGCGUAGCAUAAAAUUCAGACAGACACUGUGUAUGCUCAUCCGACGUGAAUUAGCAUUAAUCAUGUACACUGACGCCAUGACCUUCAAAUGAUUUCAAACCCACAAGUGAAUUACGUACAAACUGUACGCUGUAAGAUUUUAGAGUUUCAUUUCUGUCGAAACAAAUGGGGAACAACUGUAUAAGACCCCACCGUCUGUGCUAACUCUGCGCUAAUGCUAGAAGCUCGAAUGCGUGCUUGUUUUAUUAAGAAUUCUCCUUGUCAAGUUUGCUCAUUUGAAAUCGUUUGCACAAAUAUUAAUAUAUGUUCCUCGUGAUAAGGGAAACAUUCACCUCGAUGUGUGUACACAGAAGGACUGUCUGGAUAACUGACAUGUGUUCAUAUAAACGGGGCGAUGAAGGGAGUGAACUCUCCCUGAUGUGCUCUGACACGUGACAGAAGAUACUUAGGUGUGUACAUUCGUUGGAACCAAUGUAUGAAUAAAUUAUUUUAUAACAACA